CAAGUGAUCUCUCCCUCCCUUCCUUUCCCCGGUCCCCUCAAUUGACGACAAAGCGACAAAGGCGGGAUGCUGGUCUCCGUGUUCGACUAAUCUCUUUCCUUGAUCUUCCACGCUUGACGUUAUUUUCUCUCAUGGUUAUCUGAGGUGUGUGAAAAUCUAAUCAUGGCCUCUCAACUCGAGAUCUUUGUUAGAGCUCUGUCUCGCCUUUUGGGCUGGAUCUACACGCUUUGUUGGUCCGCAUCGUUCUAUCCCCAACCGAUCAACAACUUUCGCCGGCGGUCAACCACGGGUCUAGCCAUCGACUUUCCUACGAUCAACGUCCUGGGCUUUGUUUGCUAUACGGUAUACACUUCUGCGUUUCUCUGGUCGCCUGUCAUUCGCCAUCAAUAUGCCGCCCGUCAUCCUCUCGCACAAGACGCCACAGUGCGCUUUAAUGACUUCGCUUUCGCCAUCCAUGCUGUCAUUCUCAGCGUCAUAUACUACUCCCAAUUCUGGCCCAUUAUCUGGGGCUUUAAAGUUUCUCGGUAUCAGCGGGUCAGCAGGCCGGUCGCUGGUCUUUUUUGGGGUUCUAUCCUCGGCGUAGCGGCCGUUAUAGUGACUGUUCUUGCUAAGAGUCCCAACCGGGGACUUGAUCCCUACUCGUGGGCAUGGAUCGAUGUGAUUUACGCUCUCUCAUAUGUGAAACUGAUUAUCACCAUCGUGAAAUACGUACCUCAAGCGUGGGUGAAUUACAAGCGCAAAUCCACCUAUGGCUGGAGUAUCGAAGGGAUCCUGUUCGACUUCUCCGGCGGUAUCCUAUCCUUAGCGCAACUCAUAAUGGACUCCAGUUUCCAAGGUGAUUGGAGCGGCAUCACUGGAAACCCGGCCAAGUUUCUCUUAUCUAACGUGACCAUCUUCUUCGAUGUCAUCUUCAUCGUGCAGCACUACAUCCUAUACAAGGACGCAGAUGAUGAUAAGAAUAAAGGACAGGGUGCGAACGAUAGAACGCCACUGCUGUCGCAACACAACGAACUGCCGUGAGCAGUUAAGGUUUUUUUGAAUGUUUUGGAUACCCGAGGCGGGUCUAUUGCAAAUUUACUUUUUUUGGAGCGUCUCAACGGGGUUUCUUUUCCCCUGCUUUGGUCCGUCGUGUAUGCCUCUGUCAAUUUGUCGUGCCUCGGUUUUCGCAAAGUGAUAGUAUCACAACCGAGGCUCAGGGGGGUUUCUUUGGAAUAUGUAUGAAACACUAGAAUCUUCGUCGCAGCACACGGCGGAGUAGCCAUUCUCCUGUGGGAUGAGCAC